CCGCUCUCUCCCCGCCCCCUCCCGCCCUCCCUCUUCGCUGCGUCCCUCCCCGGCUGGCUGAAGGCUGCUCGGGACCGGGACGCAGAGUCCGCGGACCCGGCGCCGAGGCGGCCACCGAGAUCCGUCGUGCACGCUCCGGCCCGCGCUCGGCCUGGUCAUGGCUGCCCCGCGCCCGCCUCCCGCGAUCUCCGUCUCGGUUUCGGCUCCAGCUUUUUACGCCCCGCAGAAGAAGUUCGGCCCGGUCGUGGCCCCAAAGCCCAAAGUGAAUCCUUUCCGGCCCGGGGACAGCGAGGCUCCCUCGGCUGCCGGGGCUCAGCGCGCACAGAUGGGCCGGGUGGGCGAGAUUCCCCCGCCUCCCCCGGAAGACUUGCCCUUACCGCCCCCACCCCUCCUUGGGGAUGGCGACGACACGGAGGGCUCCCUGGGAGGUGCCUUCCCACCGCCGCCUCCCCCGAUCGAGGAACCAUUUCCCCCUGCACCUCUGGAGGAAGAGAUCUUCCCUUCGCCGCCCCCUCCGGUGGUGGAGGAGGGAGGGCCUGAGGCCCCCAUACCGCUCCCCCCACAGCCCAGGGAGAAGGUGAGCAGUAUUGAUCUGGAGAUCGACUCUCUGUCCUCCCUGCUGGAUGACAUGACCAAGAAUGAUCCCUUCAAAGCCCGGGUGUCAUCUGGAUAUACACCCCCAGCAGUCGCCACUCCAUUCAUUUCCAAGUCCAGUACUAAGCCUGCAACUGGGGGCACAGCACCCCUGCCUCCUUGGAAGUCCCCUUCUAGCUCUCAGUCUCUGCCCCAGGCUCAGGCUCAGUCUCCCAGCCAGACACAGUUCCAUGUGCAGCCCCAGCCCCAGGCCAAGCCUCAGGUCCAGCUCCAUGUUCAGCCCCAGCCCCAGUCUGUGCCUUUGGCUAACACCCAGCCUCGAGGGCCUCCAGCCCCAUCUCCAGCCCCUAAGUUUUCUCCAGUGACUCCCAAGUUUACUCCUGUGGCUUCCAAGUUCAGCCCUGGAGCCCCAGGUGGACCCGGGUCACAGCCCAAUCAAAAAUUGGGACCCCCUGAAGUUCCCUCUUCUACUGGUCCAGGCUCCCCUCAGCCCCCCAGCUUCACCUAUGCUCAACAGAGGGAGAAGCCCCGCGUGCAGGAGAAACAGCACCCAGUGCCCCCACCGGCUCAAAAUCAAAACCAGGUGCGCUCCCCUGGGGCCCCAGGACCUCUGACUCUGAAGGAGGUGGAGGAGCUGGAGCAGCUGACCCAGCAGCUGAUGCAGGACAUGGAGCAUCCUCAGAGGCAGAAUGUUGCCGUCAAUGAGUUCUGUGGCCGGUGUCACCAGCCCCUGGCACGUGCACAGCCCGCAGUUCGUGCUCUGGGGCAGCUGUUCCACAUCACCUGCUUUACCUGCCACCAGUGUGAGCAGCAGCUGCAAGGACAGCAGUUCUACAGCCUGGAGGGUGCACCAUACUGUGAGGGCUGCUAUACUGACACCCUCGAGAAGUGCAACACCUGUGGGCAGCCUAUCACUGACCGCAUGCUGAGGGCCACGGGCAAAGCCUACCACCCGCAGUGUUUCACCUGUGUGGUCUGCGCCUGUCCUCUGGAGGGCACCUCCUUCAUUGUGGACCAGAACAACUGGCCCCACUGCGUCCCUGACUACCACAAGCAGUAUGCCCCGCGGUGCUCUGUCUGCGCGGAGCCCAUCAUGCCCGAGCCUGGCCGUGAGGAGACUGUGCGAGUGGUCGCCCUGGACAAGAACUUCCACAUGAAGUGCUACAAGUGUGAGGACUGUGGGAAGCUGCUGUCCAUUGAGGCGGACGAUAACGGCUGCUUCCCCCUCGACGGCCACGUGCUCUGCCGGAAGUGCCACACUGCCAGAGCCCAGACCUGAGUGAGGACUGCAACCCCAUUCCCCAUCAGCGGACCACCCACACUGAGACCAUCCCACCCCUCCACCUGCUCCGCCCUCCUCAGUUAUUUUUUGAUGUCCAGCCCCUCCCUCCAUUCAGACCCCACCCCAGUGUCCCAAGUGCCCUGAUGUAGGGCCCUGACGUGGCCUCAGGCUGCAGAGUCCUCCCCUAUCCUGCAGGGACCACCCCCACCCCCCAGCUCCCCCACCUGAGGGGGCGCCAGGUUGAGCGCUGCUGCUUUCACUGCUGCACCGAUGCCCUCGGCUGGCCCCUGAGAGGCCUCCUCGUCCUCUGCUUGCUGAGGGCUGGAGACACCCUGACCCUCUGGGAGGCUGGACUGGGCCGGGCUCACCUGCCUGGACAUUCCCACCUGCCCCCUUGCUGCCAGGUUGUGGCUACAGCUACAAAUAAAAACCUUGUUUUCCAGAA